AAAUAGAAAUGAAUCCACUAUACGUGGAGUAACUCCCCGUGUUGCGGUAAAAGCAACUGUAUACACACCUACACCCAUCCACAAGAAAAGAAAGGAGAAGCCAAUACUGACUCUUAUUCAUUCAUACACAAUGGCUGCUCGUCUCUCUCUCACUUCAUCUCCCUCUUCGGUGACGGCCGCUAACACUCGCCUGGACUCGCCCCCAAUCACCACCUCCAGACUUUCUUUUUCCUCUCCUCUCCGAUCAUCUCCUAUCAUUUCUCAGUCUCAUUAUCCCUUCAUCCACCGCAAUAAGUCGGUGAUUAGACUGGCGAGGGGAAACUACAGCAGUACUGUGAGCUCCCCGAAAUGUUUUGCUUCGAAUAUAGAUCAACUCAAGAGUGCGAGAGAAGAUAUUAAACAGCUGCUCGAAUCUACCUUCUGCCAUCCUAUUUUGGUUCGUUUGGGAUGGCAUGAUGCUGGCACUUUUAACAAAAAUAUUGAGGAGUGGCCACAGAGAGGCGGAGCUAAUGGAAGUUUAAGAUUUGAAAUUGAACAGAAACAUGCGGCUAAUGCUGGGCUUGUCAAUGCUGUCAAACUACUGCAGCCUAUCAAAGACAAGUAUCCAGGUGUGACUUAUGCAGACCUAUUCCAGUUGGCCAGUGCUACUGCUGUGGAGGAGGCUGGAGGCCCUAAAAUUCCUAUGAAGUACGGAAGAGUAGAUGCUUCUGGUCCUGAACAAUGUCCAGAAGAAGGCAGACUCCCAGAUGCGGGUCCGCCUUCUCCUGCUGCUCAUUUGCGUGAUGUCUUCUACAGGAUGGGACUGAAUGAUAAGGAAAUCGUUGCACUUUCUGGUGCUCAUACUUUAGGAAGGUCAAGACCGGAACGUAGUGGUUGGGGCAAGCCGGAGACUAAAUAUACGAAAGAUGGUCCUGGAGCUCCAGGAGGACAGUCUUGGACGGCACAGUGGCUCAAAUUUGACAAUUCUUACUUCAAGGAUAUAAAAGAAAGGAGGGAUGCAGAUCUUUUAGUUUUGCCAACGGAUGCUGUUCUUUUUGAAGACCCAGCAUUUAAGGUUUAUGCUGAAAAAUACGCUGAAGACCAGAAAGCAUUUUUCGAGGACUACGCUGAAGCCCAUGCUAAACUCAGCAACGGUGGAGCCAAGUUUGAUCCGCCUGAGGGUUUCUCUUUGGAUGCUCCGAGAGGCCCUGUGCCUGAGAAGUUUUCAGCUGCAAAGUAUUCGUCAGGAAAGGAUUAAAAAGCAUCUUGUUUUCUUCUGCUGUUUCUUUUAAAUAACACAAGAUGAAGCUAUAAUGAAAUGUAGUCAACUCGGUCACGUCUAUAAGUUGGAAGUGUUAAUGAAGGAGCCUUUUUUUUCAAUGAAUAUUCCAUAUUUGAUUUGCAGAGAGAGCUAUCGGAUGCAAUGAAGGAGAAGAUUAGAGCAGAGUAUCAAGCUGUUGGUGGUAGCCCGGAUAAGCCUCUCCAGUCAAAUUAUUUCCUUAAUAUUAUGAUUGUGAUUGCAGUUUUGGCAAUUUUGACAUCUCUUCUUGGUAACUAAUAUGGUCUUGGUACUUAGUGCGGUAAUUAUUCGUGGGCUAAAUAUAUCUGUAGAGAUGACAUUGAAAUUUUCUCAGGGUCAUUUAUGUCAAUACAUCUGUAAAGAAUUAAUAUGAAAUUUGUAAGGGUCACUAAUGUAUGUUUGUCAUUUAGAGUUGUUAAAGUUUAUUUGUUUCAAUCA